AUGACGGUCUCAAACGCAACGCACGUUACGUUGCGAAACGUCGGCUUCAACCUGUCCGGAAAUUUCACCUGUGAAGUGACGGCGGAUGCUCCGUCCUUUUACACCGGUGUUGCAACCAACGUACUCACGGUUGUUGAACUACCACACUCGGCGCCAACCUUAUGGACGGAGCACACAAAGUACGACCCGGGUGAUAUCUUGCGGGCGAACUGUUCAACACCGCCAUCGAAACCGGGAGCCACCAUAACUUUCUUGCUGAACAGUAUGACGUGUCGUCACUCUGUAUACAAGCGCUUUAGGUGUAACGACUUGAUCAAAAAACAGGCACGGAAUGAGGAAGCGUUUUCCCACUUCGGAGUGUUGAAGACGAAGCAUCACUAG